UGGCAAGAAGCAGAGGUGGAUGUCCUACUUCAUCACCUGAUUGAGAAGCAGGCGGAGGGUGGUGAUGGUGGAAACUUCCAACCAUCUACCUACAAUAGCGCAGCAGCAGCUAUCAAUUCUGAUGGGGCAAUUGAAACUAUAGGCCCACUGAAGAUGGGCAAGAUGGUUAAGCCAAAGUGGACAUCACUCAAAAAAACCUUCCAUCAAAUUAAGAUCUACCACAAUACAUCUGGUUUCCACUGGGACAAUGUGCAGGGAGCUGGAAUUAAUGGACCUGCUGCUACCACCAUUUGGGAUACAUAUAUU